AUGGAAUUUAAACCACAAACUCUUUAUAAACGUAAACAAAAUGACGUUUCUAUUAGCGGACUAAUCGAAAACCGCAAAAAACGAUUAUUAGAAACCUUUUCUGAAUUAACUUUAAAUGAAGGAAUACACAAAUUAGAAGUGUAUAAAGAUUUAGAUAUGAAAUAUCUAUCUUUUUAUGAGAAGGAUGCUCAUACAACUGUGAUUGAAAAUAUUGAGAAUUUUACAGAUAAUAAUGAAGAAGAAGGAAAAAUAGAAUCACCAAUUUCUUUUCUUCAGGGUAUAAAAGAAAAAUUUGUAAAUAUUCCAAAUUAUAUAUUGCAACCUGAAGAGCCAGUGAUGGAUCUUAUUCUUUAUAAAUCACCAAAAUACACCGUUCAUGAACAUAAUACGCAAAAAGAAGCGUCCGAAUAUCAAAAAAAAAAGAAUAUGCCAGAAACUACUUCAAUACAUAUUGAAAAGAUUAAUGAUCAAGAUAUACCUAUGCACAUGGAUAUAACGUAUUAA